GGGGCGGGGCCGGAGGAUGUGACGUCACGCGCCGGGAGACUCGUCCAUAUCCCGUAAGUGCUGCUCGUUAACGCUGAUGUUUAACGAGGAUUAUCACAGGGCGGCGGGGAUGGACAGCGUGUGAGCCAGGACACAGUGAAGACGAGCGGAGCCCCGGACACCAGCCAUGGAGCUCACCUUCAUUCUCUCCGCUGCCAUCUUCACGCUGCUCGCCAUCGUGGUCGCCACAUCGCUCCUGAACGGGUCCACGUCCUCGGCGGACUUCAGCAGCGCGCGGCGGUACUUCGGUUCCGGAUCGGAGCAGCCGAAGCAGAACGGCCAUGUACCCGACACCAGCAAGAAGACGAAGACGAAGCAGAAGGUGCAGGACGACUGGUGCGACCUCAGCGGCAGCUCACACGACCACUGGGAUGUGGUGAAAUCUGUGCAGUCAGAGGAGGCGCAGCCCCACGAUCACUCCGAAGAGCAGGAGACACCAGGGGAGCACUCCUCCUCCACCUCCAUGAGCUUAGACGUAGACUCGUCGUCCGAUGCCUCCUCGGUGCGGAGCCGUCGGUCUUUCAUCGGGCUCUCUGAUAAGGAACUCCUAAAGUGUGCUUUCUCUCACCCCCAGACUGAAGGAGCCACAGAGAGCCCAGACAUCAACGACAAACUGGAGCCAGAUAACGACUGCUUGAAGUACAUCCCUGGAAAGGCGCGAUCCCACCACUUGGAGAUGAUGAUGUCCACAGAGGAGCUGGAGGAGGAGCAGAGGGUGCAACGCGAGCAGCUGGCCGCCAUCUUCCAGCUGCUGAAAGAAAACAAGGAGACGUUCGGGGACCUGUCGGAGGGAGACAUGGAGGAGCAGCUCCGGCUCUACUCCAUCUGAGUCUCCUCUCUGACUCGCCGCAUUGCCAUCCAGCCUCCGAUCGCACUCUUUACCCCGAGCGCUACUGAAAGACUUUAAUAAACUCGUUCACAGUGUUCCACACGGCUCUACAGUCCACUCAACAAGCAUCCUUUUUAAUAUGACUUCCUUCGUUUGUUGUUUUGUGUUGUUUUGUUGCCGUCCCGUCUACAUGAAGACCAAAGAAGCUGGACUUUUCCCAGCACAGAGCAGGAUUAUUCUAGCUGCAGAAAAAGGACUAAGAGGGAUUACAUUAGUUUUAUAUUAUAAUAAAAGAAGAAAAUGUUAAUUUAUUAUGUAACUUUUAUAAAAAAUUCAACAUUGUUAUCAUUGAAUCUGUAACAGGGACAAAAUCCUGUAAAGCUUCAUCUGCAAAACGUCUCCAGGGUUGUGUAAUAAACCACUAAUGCACCAUUGUAAAA